AUGGAUGGCAACAUUGUUGAGCUGGAAGAAGGAUGGGAAAUCAUUCAGAAUGGGAUUAAAAUGUUGGUUAAUACUCUUGAAGGUGUUCGCACCGAAUCACCAAUGUUCGCUUCCAUUUACACAACAGUUUUCAUUAUGUGCACUCAGAUACCUCCUCAUAAAUAUUUUGGACAGUUUUACAAACGAUACCAACGUGUGUAUAAUGAUUACUUGCGUUCAAAAGUUUUACCAGCUAUUCAAGAAAAGCAGCAGCAACAUAGUGAUGAUGUAUCUAUGUUGCAAGAACUCGUUAAGAGGUGGGCUAACCACAAGGUUAUGGUAACUAAGCUUUCUCACUAUUUUAAUUAUCUCGAUCGUCAAUACAUUCCUAAAAGAAUGGCAGACCAUGGUGUAUACGUUCCAGGGGUAAAAGAUGUUGGGUUUGGUUUCUUUCAUGACAUUGUGUAUGCGAAAAUGAAAGUGAAAGUUAGAGAUGUUGUUAUUGCAUUGAUUAAUCAAGAACGCCGGGGAAAUGAAAUUGAUAGGAGUUUGGUCAAGGAUGUUUUAGAUAUUUUUGUUGAAAUUGGGAAUGAGAAUGAUAAAGAUAAGUUGGAUUAUUAUGUGAACGAUUUCGAAACUGCGUUUUUAAGUGACAUGGUCGAUUAUUAUACUAGGAAAGGUUCUAAUGAGAUUACGGCUAUAGAAUGUUUGUAA